AAGCGCCUCCCGUCUUUUAUUUCCCCUCCUCUCGCAUCUCCUCACGCCGAACCAGAACCAUUCAUCUCUCCCCUCCUUCAGGCUUCACAUCCGGGUCAUCCGCCAGGAUCUGUCUCCUGCGUCUGUGUGUCUGACACACACGGAGAAAUUAUUCCGUCCGCCGCCGCCGUGCCACACCGCAGCCCCUCUGCCCGACUGCGCGGCUCGCCGAGCGGACACUGCGCCUCGCGUGCACCGGUGACGAUGGAGCCCCGAGCGGCGUGAAGCUGCAGCCGGUCGCACAAAGAGGCAGGGAUGAGACGGUAGGAGGCUUUUUGCAUGGGCUAGCCCGCGGUGAUUAACUCGCUCCUAACGAUGUCGAAGAGCCUCAAGAAGAAAAACCACUGGACCAACAAAGUCCACGAAGCGGUGAUCACCCGGGGGAAGGACGGCGAGCUGGGGUUCGAGCUGAAGGGGGGCGCGGAGAACGGCCAGUUCCCCUACUUCGGCGAGGUGAAGCAGGGGAAGGGGCUGAUCCAGAGCGGCAAACUGGCCCAGGAUGAGCUGCUGCUGGAGGUCAACGACAUGCCGGUGGCCGGGCUCACCACCCGGGACGUGCUGGCCGUCAUCAAGCACUGCAAAGACCCGGUCCGCUUCAAAUGUGUCAAACAAGGGGGGGUGGUUGACAAGGAUUUGCGGCACUACCUCAACCUGCGCUUCUCCAAGGGCUCAGUGGACCACGACCACCAGCAGAUCAUCAGAGACAACCUCUACCUCCGCACUGUUCCCUGUACCACAAGGCAGCCUAAGGAGGGGGAGGUGCCGGGGGUGGACUACAACUUUGUGAGUGUGGAGCGUUUUAUGGAACUGGAACAAAGUGGAGCCCUGCUAGAGAGUGGAACCUAUGAAGAUAACUUCUACGGCACGCCGAAACCUCCAGCGGAGCCGUCCCCGGCAGCGCCUCCUCUGAAUGUGAGUGAGGCCCUGCUGCCCGGAGCCCGGCCAAGCGCCCAGGGCAAGAGAAAGCGGAACCAGUCAGUCAGCAACAUGGAGCAGCGCGCCAGCCUGGAGCCGCCUGAGGAGGAGGAAGAGGAGAGCCCGGUCGUCAAUGGCAACGGGGUGGCCAUCACUCCAGAGUCCAGCGAACACGAGGACAAGAGCACAGAUGCCUCUGGGGAGGUUCCUGUUGAGACAUCCAGCCAGGCUCCAGCAUCUGCCGACGCCCCCACCGAAGGAGAGGAGGCCCCGAAGUCCCCCUCCAAAUCCCCCACCAAAGUCCCAGACGCAGACGAGGAGGAGCUGGGUCCUCUGCCCGACAACUGGGAGAUGGCCUACACCGAAAAGGGGGAGGUUUACUUCAUCGAUCACAACACCAAAACUACGUCAUGGCUCGAUCCUCGGCUCGCCAAGAAAGCAAAGCCACCGGAGGAAUGCAGGGAAGACGAGCUGCCCUAUGGCUGGGAAAAGAUAGAUGACCCCAUCUACGGCAGCUACUACGUCGAUCACAUCAAUCGAAGGACACAGUUUGAGAACCCUGUCCUGGAAGCCAAGAGACGCCUGGAGCAGCAGAGGCAGAUGCAGAGCCAGGGACUGUCGGCUCUGCCGCUGCCUACAAUAUAUAGAGAGAAGCCUUUGUUUACGAGGGACCCAACCCAGCUGAAGGGCACCUUCCUGUCGACGGCCCUGCAGAAGAGCAACAUGGGAUUCGGCUUCACAAUUAUCGGAGGCGACGAGCCCGACGAGUUCCUGCAAGUGAAGAGCGUAAUACCAGAUGGACCGGCCGCUCAGGACGGCAAAAUGGACACAGGCGACGUCAUCGUGUACAUCAACGACAUCUGCGUGCUCGGCACGACGCACGCCGACGUGGUCAAGCUUUUCCAGUCGGUGCCGAUCGGUCAGAGCGUGACCCUGGUGCUCUGUCGAGGAUACCCUCUGCCGUUCGACCCCGAGGACCCCAGCGGCGCCGCCAGCACCUCCCUGACGCCCAUCGGCCUGGAGCACCGCCCUCUGGUGGUGAACGGGCGCAGCAGCUACGACCCGUACCUGGAGUACCUGUCGCUGAGCUCCCAGCUCCCCCCUCAAGCCCUGGCCCAGGCCGGCGUCUCCCACCCCGGGGACACGCAUCUGGACGGCUCCUCCCUGCCGCCCACCACGCCCGGCUCCGCCUCGGCACUCACGCCCCACGACGACAACGUGUCCAUGGCCUCCUCGGGGACUGCAGGCGUCGCCGGGGCAACAGCACAAGCCGCAGAGCUGCUGACGGUUACCAUGGUGAAAGGGGCCGAGGGAUUCGGGUUCACCAUCGCCGACAGUCCUACCGGUCAGCGAGUCAAACAGGUGCUGGAACCGGGAUCGCAGGCAGCCGCUGGGCUCAUCGAGGGAGAUCUGAUCCUGGAGGUGAACCAGCAGCCGGUGGCUGCAGCCGGGCACGGACGAGUCGUGGAGAUGCUGAAAGAGUGUCCUGUGGGCGCGGAGGCGACGCUGCUCAUACAGAGAGGAGCUACAGGCCACAUCUCUCCGUGGAAGGCAUCCAAACAGUUGCCCGACCAGUGGGACCCACACGGAAGCCCCCAGGCCAACCUGUCCGGCCCGGUCUUGCCACCCUGCACGCCUUUCCCAAACCAGCCUCAACAUCGCACAUCUGUGCCUGACUCCACUGAAGGCUUUGACCUUAACAAGCCCGACCCUUACGACCUUUACGAGAAGUCCAGGGCGAUCUAUGAGAGCCGACGUCCAGAGUAUGAAGAGGUGGAGGUCCACCUGCUAAGGGAGAAGACCGGGUUUGGCUUUCGCAUCCUGGGGGGAGACGAGGCCGUGCAGGCUGUGAGUCCGGACGCCCGUGACAAGAUUGUCAUUGGCGCCAUAAUAGAGAACACCCCUGCUGAGCGCGAUGGGCGGCUUCGACCCGGAGAUGAGCUCAUUUCUGUGGAUAAAAAUGUGGUUGCUGGGAAACCGCACAAAUACGUAAUAGACUUGAUGCACGCGGCGGCUCGCAACGGUCAAGUCAGCUUGACUGUGAGACGGAGAGUGCAAAUGCCUGGCGAAGCGUGUCCAGUGAACGGCCGCAGCCCGGGAUCCGUGUCCACGCAGCACAGCUCCCCCCGCAGUGACGCAGCCUCGGCCUCGGGCCCGCCGGCGGUGGCUGUCCCCGCCGCAACCUCCCAUCCGGAGGGGUCCGCCCUGCAGACCAGCGACGUGGUAAUUCACCGCAAGGAGAACGAGGGCUUCGGUUUCGUCAUCAUCAGCUCCCUGAACAGGCCCGAGAACGCCACCGUCAUCACUGUGCCCCAUAAAAUCGGACGCAUCAUUGAGGGCAGCCCUGCGGACAGAUGUGGGAAGCUGAAGGUGGGCGACCGCAUCCUGGCUGUAAACGGACAGUCCAUCAUCAGCAUGCCGCACGCAGACAUCGUGAAGCUCAUUAAAGACGCCGGACUCACAGUCACACUGCACAUAAUACCAGAGGAGGGUGCUCACUCCGGCCCCAGCUCAGAAAAGCAGAGCCCCAUGACACAGAAACACAGCCCCCAAACCCAGCCCAGCCCUGUAGCCCAGCCAAGCCAAGGAGGCGCCCAGCCCGGCCAAAUGUCCCUCCAGCCAGGGCAGGCGGCCGCUCAUCCGGGUCAAGCACCUGCGCAGCCCAGCCAGACGCCAGCUCAGACGAACCAGACGGCGAGCGGCCCCCCGGCACCAGCAGCGUCCCAGCCUGCACCGGCCGGAACCCAGCAGAGCCCCGUCACCCAGCCCGGCGGCGCUCCUCCGCAGCUCUACCUCCACGACGGCAGGUCAGAGGUAAAAGCAAGGCAGGAUGUCAAACCCGAUUUCCGUCACCCUCCCUUCACCGACUACCGGCAACCUCCGGUGGACUAUCGUCACCCUCCGGUGACCGACUACCGUCAGCCUCCGACGCUGGACUACCGACACCCGCCCGGCCUGCUGGACUUCAGGCAGCACCCGGCCGCUGCACAGUUCCCCCUGGGGAUCCCUGCCGACUUCAGGCUGCAGGACUACGAUUACUUCACAGUGGAGCUGGAGAAAAGUGCGAAAGGCUUCGGCUUCAGUAUCCGCGGGGGCAGAGAGUACAAGAUGGACCUAUUUGUAUUGCGCCUUGCAGAAGACGGCCCCGCCAUCCGAAAUGGACGGAUGAGGGUAGGGGAUCAGAUCAUAGAGAUUAACGGGGACAGCACUCGGGACAUGACUCACGCCCGCGCCAUCGAGCUGAUCAAGGCGGGGGGCCGGCGGGUCAGGCUGCUGCUGAAGAGGGGGACGGGGCAGGUGCCAGAAUAUGACUGUGUCGGCCCCUGGGAUCCCCUUCCUACAGCCCACUCUGCCCUGCAGGAAGUGACCCUGGAAGCUCACCUGAAUCCAUUGCUCUCAUCCCAUCCAGCCUCAGCCCCAGACUCCCCUCAUCAGCUCCCCCAUGAGGCCACAGUGUGCAUGGCAGACAAAGCCCCGCCGCUGACGGACCACGGCUCCGUCAGGGGGGCCGCAGGUGGCAGGUCCACCGAGCAGAGGUGCGGCGUCCGGGGGCAGGGGGAGGCGGACUGUGGGCCGGCCGACAGACACGCCCGAGCUUUGCCUCCCAAAGCGGGACGGUCCAGUGAGAGGAGAGAGAGGCAGCGGGAGGCCAGUUCCCCCUGCUGCGACAGGAAGGUCCUGCACACGCAGGCGGUGAGCGCCGUCUGGCCCUGGGACCCCUACGUCAGCGUGAACCUGAACGGCGCCCCUCUGGGCAGCGGGAACGGACAUGCCGGCCUCCAGGAGAGGCUGCUGUCCAGAGGCCUGUUCACCAGGGAGGACGACAGGGCCGGCGGCCACGCCGGGCUCUGCUGCCCCUCCAAAGCCGCGGAGGAUCCCCCAGGGAGGAGCGCCGCCGCCUCCCCGGGGCCCUGGAACGUCCCCGGCUCCGACAAACUGCCCGGCACCCUGAGGUCCUGGACCUCCACGGUGAGCAGGUAGACUGCUGGUCUGGACCUGAUCACACUGAAUGGCUUCUCCUCACUCAUGGCGCCCUCUCACAUCAGAGAAAGGCACUUUAUCUCCCU